AUGCCGCGCUGCAGACUAACUGUGAGCACUAUGAUCCUCCUGGUCCUCCUACCAGGGGGCUUGCAGUGGUGCGUUUUUCUGUGGAUGGUAUGUCCAGCUCAGCCCCUGUGGCUCUCUGCUCCGUCUCAGGAAAAGAUCCAUGUGCUGUUGCUGUCGUCAUGGCGAUCAGGCUCAUCCUUCUUGGGACAGGUGUUCAGUCAGCACCCGUCAGUGUUCUAUCUGAUGGAGCCAGGAUGGCAUGUGUGGACCAACCCUGCAGCGGCCAGGAGCCAGAGCCCUUCGCAUGGCAGUCAGAGACCCUUCUCCGCAGGCACGUUCCUUUGUGACUUCUUCUCCACCAUGGAGGGGCCUACCUACCCCUACAGCACAACAUAUCCUGUUCAUGUGGAGCCACAGUCGGGCCCUUGCUCGCCAGACCAGCCUGCACCCCCUCACACCCCGGAUCCAAUUCAGCGCUUUCAGUGA